AUGCCGUCGAAACAGAAAAAAUCCACAGCUUUAGAAGAAACCGAAGAAGUUGAUGACGAAGUAGAGGAAACAGAGCCAAAGUUAAAGGAGAGGAGCAAAGGUGUGACCCGUGGAGACAGCUCAAAAAGAGAGAAGAGUCGGAAGAAACACAAGAUCGCAGACGACUCUGAUCAUCAGGAGGCCCAAGGGAAAGAGAAAAAGAAAAAAGAGGGUGACAAAGUUAAAGAGAAAAAGAAGAAAAGGAAGCAAGAUGGUGAUGCUGAAGCUGUUGCUGUGAUUGAAAAUGAAGCUGAGGAAGGUGAGCAGAACAAUAAUGACCCCGAGACCAAUUACAAAAAGGAGAAAUCAGAGAAACUCAAAGAGGAAGUGACUGAAGGAGCAAAGGAGGAGAAGAAGAAAAAGAAGAAAAAGUCCUCCACAGAGAAUCCAGAGGGAGAAGAGGAGAUGGGAUCCAAGGAUAAGAAGUCGAAAGACGGCAAGAAGAAAAAGAAGUCGCACAAUGACGAUGACGAGGAGCCAUUGAUUGAGGAGCAGGAAGAGGAGGAGGACUCCAAGAAAAAGAAGAAGAAGAAGGCAAAGAAGGGAUCAGCAGAAAGUGAUGAAGACAAAAAGAAAAAAGGGAAAAAAUCCAAAAAUAAGCAGGUGGACUAUGCUGUGAUCUACCAGAAUGAGCUGCUUGGGUAUCACACUGACUCAUCUGAUGGAUAUGAGGAUGAGUACUUCAAAAAGAAAGUGUACGAGGUGGUCACUAUCACUGGUGAUGUGAAAGGAGCCGGGACAGAUGCUAAUGUGUUUGUGACCCUUUUUGGAGACUUUGGCGUUUCACCUAAAAUCCAUCUGGCAAGCAAAAGUCGAACUGCAUUCGAGAAGAAUAAGACAGAUGUUUUCCGUGUCAAAACACACAAUAUUGGCCCUCUGAAGAAGCUGAGGAUCGAGCAUGACAACACAGGGAUGAACGCCAGCUGGUUCUUGGACAGGGUCGUGGUGACCGACUUGAACCGGCCACAUCUGCGCUUCUAUUUCGCCUGCAGCAACUGGCUGAGUCGGGAGGAGGCCGACAAUCUGUAUGUAAGGGACCUGCUGGGAAGCAUGAACCCCAUGGACGUCCCAAAAUCAAAUAAGUACAUAGUGAGUGUGUUCACUGCUGACAUGAAGGGAAGCGGAACUGAUGCCGAUGUCUUCCUCAACAUCUUUGGAGAGAACGGUGACACAGGCGAGAGACGACUUGACAGUGACAAAGACAACUUUGAACGCGGCUCGGAGGACAAGUUUACAAUAGAAGCUCCAAACCUGGGACGACUGAAGAAAAUCACCAUCGGCCACAACAACAGAGGCUCAUCAGCGGGAUGGUUUCUAGAUAAGGUGGUUGUUGAUGACAUGGGGAACAAAGAAAUUUAUGAGUUUCCAGUAAAUCGCUGGUUCGCGAUGGAUGAAGCUGAUGGUAAAAUACAGAGGGAUGUGCUGGUUGGAUCCCUGCAACCAAUGGGCAUUGUUUACAAUGUACAAGUGAUGACUGGAGAUGUGAGAGGUGCUGGCACCAACUCUAAGAUCCACAUCGUCAUGCACGGCUUCAAAGGCUUAAAGAACAGUGGCAAAGUCUUCCUGGAAGGCGGGGCUUUCGAGCGUGGCCUCAUCGAUAUUUUCAACGUGGAGAUUUGUGAACUGAUCAGCCCGCUCAGCAGGGUCACCAUCGGCCACGACAACGGUGCUGUGGGUGCUGGAUGGUAUUGUGAGAAGGUGGUGAUUUAUUGUCCGUUCACGGGAAUUGAGCAGACAUUUCCGUGCGGGAAGUGGCUGGACGAGGACGAAGGAGAUGGACUGAUUGAGAGGGAGCUGUACGAGAUGGUCUCCCUCAGGCAGAAAAAACAGAAAAAGUACCCCUGGUCCCUGUGGAUUUGGACAUCGGACAUUAAAGGAGCAGGGACCGAUGCUCAGGUCUUUCUGCAGAUCUAUGGAGAGAAGGGCAAGUCUGACGAGAUCAAGCUGGAAAACAACUCGGACAGUUUUGAACAGGCCCAGCUUGAUAAGUUCAUGCUUGAAUUGCCGGACAUUGGAAAACUGCUGAAAGUGCGCAUCUGGCACGAGAAGAGGAACCCAUUCUCUGGCUGGCAUUUAGCGAAAUUAACGUUACUCAAAACCCUGACGAUGGAGAAAUAUUCUUUCCAAUGUGGCCGUUGGCUCGACAUCAAUGAAGACGACAAUGAGAUCGUCAGAGAGCUUCCAGCUACCAGCAAGGUCAUCGAUGAGCCGCUGCCCUUGAUAAAGUAUCGUGCAACAAUCUGCACCGGCAAUGUCGGCGGCAGUGGCACUGACGCAACCGUCUUCCUCAACAUCAUUGGUGACCUUGGUGACACGGGGGAGAGACUCAUGAUCACGAGCAAAACCAAUGUCAACAAAUUUGAAAAGGGCAACCAUGACGAGUUUCUCAUUGAUGCCGUGUCCCUGGGCCAGGUGCGCAGGGUGCGUGUAGGCCAUGAUGGACGCGGCGGAGGCUGUGGCUGGUUCCUUGAUAAGGUGAUGGUGAGAGAGGACGGCCAGCCUGAGAGUGUGGCCAUUGAAUUCCCCUGUGACAGGUGGUUGGAUCGUAAUGAGGAUGAUGGACAGAUCGUCCGCGAGUUAGUUCCAGCUGGAGAUGGGCUGCGUCUAUUUAAUGUCAGCUAUCACAUAGCAAUCAAGACGGGCAGUGUAAAUGGGGCCAGCUCGGACUCCAGGGUGUUUGUCAAGCUGUACGGGGAGAAGGGAGACACUGACAAGAUGCUACUGGCAGUUUCAGACAACGACCUCAGAAACUACUUUGAGACGGCUCGCACUGACAUCUUUACCAUCGACACCUUUGACAUCGGACGGAUCAACCGUUUCCUCAUUGGUCACACUAAUGAGGGCUUGCGAGCUGGGUGGUUUCUGGACAGCGUGCAGAUAUCCGUUCCGGUUCAUGGGAAGCAGUACAUGUUCCCGAGCGACCGCUGGCUCUGCAAAGACGAAGCCGAUGGGAAAGUGGAAGUUGAGAUCUAUCCCAGCGAGGUCUUGGAGAUUGAACAAUUGAUCAACUAUGAAGUAACAGUCGUCACGGGUGACAUACGCUCAGGUGGCACCAACGCAAAUAUCUACUGUCAGAUCUAUGGAGAGGAAGGCAAAACUGAAGUUCUCACUCUCAAGAGUCGCUCCAACAAUUUUGAACGCGGCACCACCGAGAUCUUCAAGAUUGAGGCUCAAGAUGUCGGUAUCUACAAGAUACGUAUCUUCCAUGACGGGAAGGGCAUCGGAGACGGCUGGUUCCUGGAGAUGGUAGACAUCAAGCGGGUGAAAAUGGCUAUGGUGCAGGUGGAGGUGAAGAAGGAGAAGGAGGACACCAAGAAAGACAAGAAAAAGGACAAGAAAAAGAAGAAGAAGGAAGAGGAGGAGGAGGUGGAGAUGGUUGAGAAGCUGCAGGAAGUGGUGGAGACUUUUACUUUUCCCUGUAACCGCUGGCUGGCAAAGGAUGAGGAGGACAAGGAGAUUGUGGUGGAGCUUCUGAGUGAGGAGAAUGAAGACCUGGAGAUAAACUCUUACGAGGUCCAUGUUUUCACUGGGACAAUGUGGGGGGCGGGGACUGAUGCCAACGUUUACAUUAACAUCUACGGAGAGAUUGGCGACACAGGAGAACGCAAGCUCAGGAAGUCAAACAACCUGAACAAAUUUGAGAAAGGCAAGGAGGAUAUUUUCAACAUCACAGCGGUUGACCUUGGGGCUCUAAAGAAACUGAGGAUCAGACACGACAACAGCCAGGCCGGUGCCGGCUGGUUUCUUGACAGAGUGGAAAUUGUAGACAACAAAGAUGACAGCACAUACUUUUUCCCUUGUAAACGCUGGCUGGCCGUUGAUGAGGAUGACGGACAGCUCGCCAGGGAGCUGGUUCCUGUGGACGAGGCUUUUAUGAAGAAAGGGGAUGAUGAUGACGAAGACUCUGAAACCACACUUGGUCUGGAACAGAAAGCGAUGUCAACAACAUACACGAUGAGGAUAAAAACUGGUGACAAAAAGUACGCAGGGACUGAUGCGAAUGUGUUUACGAUCCUGUACGGCACCAAGGACGACACAGGGAUAAUAAACCUGAAGGCUUCAAAGACUCACAAGAAUAAGUUUGAGCAGGGGAUGAUCGAUGAGUUCAUCGUGGAGGCUGUGGACAUCGGACCACUGAAGAAGCUGCGUGUGGGACACGACAACCGUGGAGGCGGCUCGGCAGGCUGGUUCCUCGACUGGGUGGAGAUCGAUGCCCCGUCUCUUGGACAGAAGCUGCGUUUCCCCUGCGGUCGCUGGUUGGAUAAAGGGGAGGAUGACGGGGCCAUCGUCAGGGACCUUUUUCCAAAUCCACUUCAGACGGAGCUUUACACACCAUUUGUUCCCUAUGAGAUCAAAAUCUUCACGAGUGACGUGUUUGGAGCCGGCACAGAUGCCGACGUCUUCAUUGUCCUGUACGGGCGAGAUGCAGUUUGCACCCAGCAGAAGUCUCUGUGCGUCAACAAGAGAGAGAGGCUGAUGUACUUUGAGAGAGGAGCCGAGGACAUGUUUAUUGUUGAGCUUGAAGACGUGGGGGAUGUCAUUGAGAAGAUCCGUAUCGGCCAUGACAACCGCGGGGUCAACCCAGGCUGGCAUCUGGACCGAGUGGAAAUAAGACGUCUGCUUCGGAAAGGAAAGGGUUCAGAGACCGUCAUCUUCCCCUGUGAAUGCUGGCUCGCCAAAUCGGAGGAUGAUGGAGAAACGGUGAGAGAGCUGGUGCCGUCUGACAUCAUCACUGAGAAACUUUCUCGAGACGGAAACCUGAAAGUCACUGAAGUCGAGGUGGAAGAUGCCCUGGAGACUCACACAUACAACGUGUCAGUGAUGACAGGUGACGUGUGUGGAGCCGGAACCGACGCCAAUGUCUUCCUCACGAUUUACGGGGACCUGGGGGACACCGGGGAGAGGAAACUCAGCAAAUCAGAGACAAACAGCAACAAGUUUGAGCGUGGAUCUGUGGAUAAGUUCACCAUGGAGGCAGUAGACCUCGGACAGGUUUUCAAAAUAAAAAUCCGCCAUGAUAACAGUAUGGUGAGUGCAGACUGGUACCUAGACCAGGUGGAGGUGUUCGACGUGGACACAGAGGAGGUCUUUCUCUUCUUAUGUGAACGUUGGCUGUCCAGGAAGAGGGAGGACCGGCGCAUUUGCAGAGUCUUCUAUGUCAAGGAUUAUGAGGGAGUAAGAGAAGGCCUCAACGGUAAGAAGAACUCAGCACUGACAGUGAAAAGUGUCGACAGCAACAUGAACAAAAAGAGCAAAAAGAAAAAGGAGGAAGAAAUCGAGCUCCCGAUCAUACCGUACCACAUGACCAUCUGUACCGGACUGGAGCGUGAUGCGAGCACCACCAGCAGGGCUUAUGUGAUCAUUAUCGGGGCCAAUCACACCCAGACAGAGAGACUGUGGCUGGACCUGCCGGAUGGGAGGAAGGGCUUUGAGUCCGGCUCUCUGGAGAGCUUCGAGACCCACGGUUCAGACGUGGGGGAGAUCAAAAAGGUCGAGCUCGGCCAUGAUGGUGCCACUCCUGAGAGCUGCUGGCUGGUUGAUGAGCUGUCUGUUGCUGUGCCAACCAAAGGGGUCAAAUACAUCUUUACUUGCAAGUGCUGGCUUGCCAAAGAUCGAGGAGACGGUUUGACGGCGAGAAUGUUCAACGUGCUGGAUGCAGAGAACAUUUCGAUCUCCCAGAAGAUUAUCUAUGAGGUGACCGUGGUAACAGGAGACGUGCAACACGCAGGAACAGACACCCUGAUCUUCAUGUCUGUGUUUGGAGCAAACGGCAGCACGGAGGAGAUGCCGCUGCAGAAGAACGAGGAUAGGUUUGAGCGGGGUCAGGAGGACACUUUCAACAUGGAGAUAGAUGACAUCGCCCCAUUGAGAAAAAUGAGGCUUCGUAUUGAUGGUUCCGGCAGUCGACCUGACUGGUUCUUGGAUAAGGUGAUCACGCGUAACCUGACCACAGAGGAGGUGUCCGUGUUCACCUACGAGGAGUGGCUCUCCAGGACCCGAGGACCCAAGAGAACCAUGAUCUGCGAGAUGGCUGCUGUGGUGGACGAGGAGGUGAUGGUGGAGCUCACCACCUACAUCAUCCAGGUCAAGACCAGUGACUGUACAGGGGCAGGAACUGAUGCCAACGUAUGGAUCAUUGUUUUUGGAGAGAACGGAGACACAGGGACGCUGGCGUUGAAAGAGUGCAACAAGUCCAACAAGUUUGAGCGCAAGCAGGUCGACACAUUUCGCUUCGCCGAUAUCCUCAGCCUGGGAGAGCUCUCUAAAGUGCGAGUCUGGCACGACAACUCAGGUCCUUCUCCAGGGUGGCACCUGGAUUAUAUAGAUGUAAAGGAUGAGAUCUUGGACAAAACAUUUCGUUUCCCCUGUGAUCGCUGGCUUGCCAAGAAUGACGAUGAUGGGCAGAUAAUGAGAGAACUGGCCUGUGCUAACAACGACUACUUGGACCUCAACGAAAAGACGAAGUAUGAAAUUUGUACAAAAACUGGAGACGCUGCUGAAGCUGAAACCAAAGAAAACGCAUGGAUUGUACUGGAGGGGAAGAAGGGCCGAUCAAAGGAAUUUGUAAUGGAGAACUCCUCAAAGAAGAAGAGGUUCUUGCGGGGAAACGUCGACAGGUUCGACUUUUCAUCCAAGAACUUGGGUGACAUUGUUGGUAUCUGCCUGGGCCACACACCCAAGGAUGGAAAGAAAGUUAAGGGGGAGGUUUUCUGGUAUGUGGAGGAGGUCGUUGUGACUGAAAGGGAACUGGGAAACAAGUACAUCUUCGGUUGCAAUGCCGCCAUCCCCCUCUCACCGAAGAGGGACGAUUUCCUGACCUUUGAGUGCACGAAGGCCAUCGAGAGCUUUGCCAGUAAAGCUCGAAGCCUUGUGCCCGUCAAGUAUGAGAUAAUCAUCAUCACAGGCGAUGAGAAGGGAGCAGGUACGGAUGCCAAUGUUUUCAUCACUAUCUACGGCUCCAAUGGAGACUCAGGCUGUCGGCCGCUGCGGCAGAAGUUUCGCAACCUUUUCGAACGCGAGCAGACGGACCGUUUCAUUCUGGAAAUGUUGGAUAUGGGAGAGCUGCAGAAAGUCCGUGUGGAGCAUGACAACUCUGGCCUGAGCCCCGGCUGGCUCCUGGAUCGCGUGGAAGUCACAAAUACAGCCAAUGGUGUCACCACCAUCUUUCUCUGUGGGAAAUGGCUGGACACUAACAGGGCAGACGGGCAGAUCGUCCGGGUCUUUUACCCGAAAUAUUAGUGGAAGUAUUAUUCAUAAAAACGACCACUGCAGAGAGAUCUCAGCUCAUGCUUUAUAGUAGUAACCAAAGAGAUUCUGCUCUGGUAAGUUUUAUAUCUCAGGAGCUGAGACAUAUUUUUACACUCGU